CGAGCUCACGCGUCACUAGUAAUGUCUAUCGGCGAGAGAAUCCAGGGCGCAUGCGCGAUGCCUGCUUGACUCUGAAAAGGUAGUUAAUGGUGGUCACGCUUUGGGACACCUAGUUGAAAUCUCCUACUUUGUGGCAUACUGAGCUGUGCUGCCAUGGAACAAGACGCUCAGAGAAAAGCAAACUUUUCAACUCUAGUUAGCCAUACCAAUGGACUGAGUAAAAGUUCUGCCCUGCCCACCAAACCCUCAGCUUCAAAAAAGUUAAUCAUUAAGAAUUUUAAAGACAAACCGAAGCUGCCGGAUAAUUACACUCAGGACACUUGGCAGAAGCUUCAUGAAGCUGUGAACGCCAUAGAAAGCAGCACCUCCAUAAAGUACAACCUGGAGGAACUUUACCAGGCUGUGGAAAACCUAUGCUCCUAUAAAGUUUCACACACACUAUAUAAACAGCUCCGCCAAGUAUGUGAGGAACACAUGAAGUCUCAGAUCGACCAGUUCAGAGAAGAAUCUCUUGACAGCUUUCUGUUUUUAAAGAAGGUGAACUUGUGUUGGAAAGAUCACUGUAGGCAAAUGAUUAUGAUUCGAAGCAUUUUCCUAUUUCUGGACCGGACCUAUGUCUUGCAGAACUCGAUGCUUCCUUCUAUAUGGGAUAUGGGUUUGGAGUUAUUCCGUUGUCAUGUUGUGAGUGAUAAGUUAGUUCAGGCAAAAACAAUAGAUGGCAUCCUCCUUCUGAUUGAGAAAGAGCGGUCUGGAGAGGCUGUGGACCGAAGCCUGCUGAGAAGUUUACUUGGUAUGCUUUCCGACUUGCAAGUGUACAAAGAUUCUUUUGAAGGAAGGUUUUUGGAGGAAACAAAUUGCUUGUAUGCAGCUGAAGGGCAGAGACUAAUGCAAGAGAGAGAGAUUCCUGAAUAUUUACAUCAUGUGAAUAAGCGCUUAGAAGAAGAGGUUGAUAGAGUCAUUACAUAUUUAGACCAUGGAACACACAAACCUUUAAUAGCUUGUGUGGAGAAACAGCUACUAGGCGAACACUUGGCUGCCAUCUUACAAAAAGGGCUGAAGAACAUGCUGGAUGAGAACAGAGUUGUGGACCUGACUCUUAUGUAUCAGCUCUUCAGCCGGGUCAGAGGUGGUCAGUCAAUCCUGCUGCAGCACUGGGGGGAGUACAUUAAAAAUUUUGGGAGCUCAAUAGUUGUCAAUCCUGAAAAGGAUAAGGACAUGGUCCAAGACUUGCUGGAUUUCAAAGAUAAGGUGGACCAUAUCAUUGAUGUCUGCUUCCAGAAAAAUGAGAAGUUUAUCAAUGUAAUGAAGGAGUCAUUUGAAACCUUUGUCAAUAGGAGAGCUAAUAAGCCAGCAGAACUGAUAGCUAAAUAUGUUGAUUCUAAGCUCCGCUCAGGGAACAAAGAGGCCACAGAUGAAGAACUAGAGCGAUGCCUUGAUAAAAUUAUGAUCAUAUUUAGAUUCAUCCACGGUAAAGAUGUGUUUGAGGCAUUUUAUAAGAAAGACCUUGCUAAAAGACUAUUGGUGGGAAAAAGUGCGUCUGUUGAUUCGGAGAAAUCAAUGUUAUCUAAACUUAAACACGAGUGCGGUGCUGCCUUUACCAGUAAACUGGAGGGAAUGUUUAAAGACAUGGAGCUGUCAAAAGAUGUAAUGAUUCAAUUCAAGCAGUAUAUGCAGAAUCACAGUGAUCCUGGCAACAUAGACUUGACCGUCAAUAUACUGACAAUGGGUUACUGGCCAACCUAUACCCCAAUGGAUGUGCACUUACCACCAGAGAUGGUAAAACUUCAGGAAAUAUUCAAGACUUUUUAUCUUGGUAAACACAGUGGCAGAAGACUUCAGUGGCAGUCCACGCUCGGGCACGCAGUAUUAAAAGCAGAAUUUAAACAAGAGAAGAAAGAACUUCAGGUAUCUUUGUUUCAAACCCUGGUGCUUCUCAUGUUCAACGAGGGAGAUGAAUUCAGCUUUGAAGAAAUUAAACUAGCUACAGGAUUAGAGGAUAGUGAGCUGAGACGAACUCUACAGUCACUUGCUUGUGGAAAAGCAAGAGUGCUGAAUAAAACGCCAAAAAGUAAGGACGUUGAAGAUGGAGAUAAGUUUAACUUUAAGGAGGACUUUAAGCACAAGUUAUAUCGAAUUAAGAUCAACCAAAUUCAGAUGAAGGAGACGGUGGAAGAACAGGUUACCACGACAGAAAGAGUUUUCCAAGACAGACAGUACCAGAUUGAUGCAGCGAUUGUACGCAUUAUGAAAAUGAGAAAAACCCUUACUCACAACCUUCUGGUCUCUGAACUAUAUAAUCAGUUGAAAUUCCCUGUAAAGCCUGGAGACCUGAAGAAGAGGAUUGAAUCAUUAAUUGAUAGAGACUACAUGGAAAGGGACAAAGAAAACUCAAAGCAGUACCAUUACCUGGCAUGAGGAACUUGCCGCCGCUGUGGUAGUGUGGUGAAGACGUAGAUAGACAUUAAGUGCUCACCUAAGGUUUAUUGGCAGAGCAGCAGACGCUUGACAUCCCAGCAUUAAUAAACCUUAGUAAUAUUCAAUUAGUAUUAUAGGUAAUUUUGUUUUGUGUGACUGUUUAAAGGAUGUUCUACUAAUUAUUUUUGGCAUAUGCGCAUAAUAAUAUGUAGCCUUCUGUUUCCCCAGUCAGCAGUGACAUGUACUUUAUUUCCGCUCAUAUUCUUCCAUAUUAUUUUGGCUUGUCACACUCAUCACCACUGCAACAACCAGUAGGCCCUUAAUGCUGCAAUCCUUAUUAUUGGUUGAGAGCCGAAUUAAAUUGCAGGAAACCCAGCUAUUACAGUAUAUACUCUGUUCUUUUUAAAGGACACCUGUCAGCAGAUUUGUAGCUAUGAAACUGCUGACCUGUUACAUGGGCGCUUGGCAGCUGAAGGGCUCUGUGUUGGUCCCAUGUUCAUAUGUGUCUGCAUUGCUGAGACAUAUGAAGUCUUAAUAAAUGCAAAUGAGCCUCUAGGAGCAACAUGGGCGUUGCCGUUACACCUAGAGGCCCCACUUUCUCUGCAACUGCUGCCCCCUCUCCACUUUGAUAGGGCUAGGCAGUGAAAACCUCAUCGUGCCUGCCCCUUUCAAACCAGGUGCAUAGGGAAUGGCAGUUGCAGAGAACGCCAAGUCUUUAGGAGUAAUGGUAACGCCUCCAUUGCCCCUAAAGGCUCAUUUGCAUAUAUUAAAGCUUAAUUUUUCUCAGCAAUGCGGACACAUAUGAACAUGGGACGAACACAGAUGACUUCAGCAGCCAAGCGCACAUGUAACAGAUCAGCCAGUUUCAUAGGUACAAAUCUGCUGACUGAUACCCUAUAGAAUUACAACUAAACUAUAAACUGUGUAUCUACGCUUUAAUACUGGGCACCUGCUUUACAGGCUGUGAAGUUGGGAAAUAUCCGCCUAUAGACAAAGCCAUAAUGUGGCACAAUGCUGCAGGUGUUUAUGCCAACUUUAUCCUAGGGUGAACCAUUUCUGCUUUCAGUGUCAUUCAGGGUCCAUUCACACUUUCCGUGAAUGUGUCCGCACCCGUUCUGCAAUUUUGCGGAACGGGUGCCGGCCCAUUCAUUCUCUAUGGGGCAGGAAUGGAUGUGGACAGCACACAGUUUUCUGUCCGCAUUUUCAGGGCGCGCCCCCCGAUCUUCCGGUCCGCGGCUCCGGAAAAAAAUAGAACAUGUCCUAUUCUAGUCCGCAAUUGCAGACAAGAAUAUGUAGUUCUAUGGGGGUGCCGGCCAGGUGUAUUGCAGAUCCACAAUACACUACGGACAUGUGAAUGGACCCUUACUCUAUUUUCCACAGUCUGUGACAUAACAGCUUGUCACUGUCCGUGUGCUGGCUAACAUAUGAACUAGUGAUUCUGCCUGACUUUCAAUGACAAUUCAAUAUAACAUGUAAGGAUUCCCUUCUCUGGUAGAAUCCGAGUAUCUUUACCUGACAGAGCAACUGAUUUGCCAUUGUCUCAUUCUGAAGUGAUAACACUGCAAACAGCCAUUGGUGGAGAUUACCAGAGUACUUUACCCGAGUGAUUAAUCAAGGUCGCUCAUAUUACUGUACUAGUAUAUUACACGUCUCCCACCAUUGCACAUGAAAUGUACUGAACAUUAUUGCUGCCUUGAGAGGUAAUUGACCUUUAUUAAUCAUUCCCGCUGGAGCACUUAGUAG